UCCCUGCAAUAUUGCGUCUUUUUUCUCUCCGCGUUAUUGUCUUUUUCCUUCAGAUUCCCUCCGCCUUUCCUCUCCUUCCAUUUUCAUUCUAUAACCAAACCUUAAUUUAAUCCAUCCUCUUUAGUUUCCAUUUACAUUAUUAACUGUAACUAAAGUAAUAAUUAAUACAGUUGGUGGGCUCUCUCAAUGAGAGGUGCUUCUUUACCCACCCACCAGAGACGGUGGGCCUCAGACACCGUUCCCUCCAAAACCACACUCAGUUCGUCAACCUCGCCUGGGACUGAUUCCAACUCCGCCGAGGAAUUCGUCGAGGUCACUCUCGAUCUUCAAGAUGAUGACACCAUCAUACUCCGAAGCGUGGAACCGGCCACCGUCCUCAACGUCGACAAUGGAACCGAUACUCCAGCAUCCGCCUCCGUUUCACGAUCGCCGACGAUCAAGCGGAGCUCUUCGAAUAGAUUGCGGCAGUUUUCGCAAGAGUUGAAAGCGGAAGCCGUGGCUAAAGCUAAGCAGUUCUCGCAAGAGUUGAAAGCCGAACUACGCAAGUUCUCGUGGGGACACGGACACGCUGCUCAAGCUUUAUCCGGAUUCGACUCGGCGUUAGCCGCUCGAGCUUUAAGAAAGCAGCGAGCUCAACUUGACCGGACACGUUCCGGCGCUCAAAAAGCACUCCGUGGAUUAAGAUUUAUAAGUAACAAUAAAGCCAAUGCAUGGGAAGAAGUUGAAAACAAUUUCAACAAACUCGCUAAAGACGGAUUCCUCUUUCGCUCCGAUUUCGCACAAUGCAUAGGAAUGAAAGAGUCCAAGGAAUUUGCGCUGGAGAUGUUCGAUGCAUUGAGCAGACGAAGAAGAUUAAAAGUUGAAAAAGUUAGUAAAGAAGAACUUUAUGAAUACUGGUCUCAAAUCACCGAUCAAAGCUUUGAUUCUCGCCUCCAGAUCUUCUUCGAUAUGGUGGACAAGAAUGAAGAUGGUAGAAUAACUGAGGCUGAAGUAAAAGAGAUUAUAAUGCUAAGUGCAUCAGCAAACAAGCUAUCGAGAUUGAAGGAACAGGCGGAAGAAUAUGCAGCUUUGAUCAUGGAAGAGUUAGACCCUGAAAGACUUGGAUACAUUGAGUUAUGGCAACUGGAGACACUUCUCUUGCAAAAAGACACGUAUCUGAGCUAUAGUCAAGCCUUAAGCUACACAAGCCAAGCCCUUAGCCAAAACUUACAAGGAUUAAGAAAGAAAAGCAGGAUCAGAAGAAUGAGCACCAAACUUUUGUACUAUUUGGAAGAAAAUUGGAAGAGGAUAUGGGUCUUGUCACUGUGGAUUAUGAUUAUGAUAGGGCUGUUUAUUUGGAAGUUCCUUCAAUACAAGCAAAAGGGUGCCUUUGUAGUCAUGCAUUAUUGUGUCCUCGCUGCCAAAGGAGCAGCAGAGACACUUAAGUUUAACAUGGCUCUUAUUCUGUUGCCCGUGUGCCGAAACACCAUUACUUGGCUCAGGUCCACAAAGCUGGGUCUCUUCGUGCCUUUUGACGACAAUAUCAACUUUCAUAAGACAAUAGCUGCAGCGAUUGUUAUUGGAGUCAUUCUCCAUGCCGGUAACCAUCUUGCCUGUGAUUUUCCGAGGCUUAUCAAUUCUACUCCUGAUGAAUAUAGCCUCUAUCUCCAUGAUUUUGGAGCUCGUAAACCAACGUACAUGGACCUGGUAAAAGGACCUGAAGGAGUGACCGGGAUUUUAAUGGUUAUCUGCAUGGCAAUUGCAUUUAUACUAGCAACAAAAUGGUUUAGGCGGAAUCUGAUUAAGCUGCCCAAACCCUUUGAUAGAAUCACAGGUUUCAAUGCUUUUUGGUAUUCACAUCACCUGUUUGUCAUUGUCUAUAUCUUGCUCAUCAUCCAUGGUGUCUUCCUUUAUCUCGUGCACAUAUGGUAUCGUAAGACGACUUGGAUGUACCUAGCUGUUCCAGUUUUGUUAUAUGCUGGAGAAAGGGUCCUAAGAUUUUUCCGUUCUGGUUUCUAUACUGUUCGGCUUUUGAAGGUAGCAAUUUAUCCAGGAGGUGUUCUCACAUUACAAAUGUCUAAACCACCUCAAUUUCGGUACAAGAGUGGACAGUACAUGUUUGUCCAGUGCCCUGCUGUCUCUCCCUUUGAAUGGCAUCCAUUUUCUAUCACUUCUGCUCCUGGUGACGACUACCUUAGUGUUCAUAUCCGUCAGCUAGGUGACUGGACGCAAGAGCUUAAGCGCUUAUUCUCAGAGGUUUGUGAACCUCCUGUAGCUGGGAAAAGUGGGCUUCUAAGAGCAGAUGAGACGACUAAGAAAAGCUUGCCAAAGCUCUUAAUUGAUGGACCAUAUGGUGCUCCGGCUCAAGACUAUCGCAAGUAUGACGUCCUGUUACUGGUGGGACUUGGAAUUGGUGCAACACCAUUCAUCAGCAUUUUAAAAGAUCUGCUUAACAACAUUGUCAAAAUGGAGGAGCAGGCGGAUUUGGCCUCAGAUACCAGUAGCACAUCAGACCUAAGUAAUGGGAGCAAUGAAUCAACUGCUCCCAACCGAGUUUCACCGAAACGAAAGAAAACUCUUAAGACGACAAAUGCUUACUUUUAUUGGGUAACCAGGGAGCAAGGUUCAUUUGAUUGGUUCAAAGGAGUCAUGAAUGAAGUUGCAGAUCUUGAUCAAAGGGGUGUCAUUGAAAUGCACAACUAUUUGACAAGCGUGUACGAGGAAGGAGAUGCACGUUCAGCUCUGAUCACCAUGGUCCAAGCACUAAAUCAUGCCAAGAAUGGCGUUGACAUAGUUUCAGGCACCAGAGUACGGACCCAUUUUGCGAGGCCUAAAUGGAAGAACGUUCUCUCCAAACUAAGUUCCAAGCACUGCAACGCAAGAAUAGGAGUGUUUUACUGCGGAGCACCGGUUUUGGCUAAAGAACUAAGCAAACUCUGCUACGAGUUCAACCAAAAAAGUUGCACUAAAUUUGAGUUCCACAAGGAGCAUUUCUAAAGAGAAAUUAAAUAGAACCCUUCAUUCAGAGCCCUAAGAAUUAUUUUCAAUAGUAACCGAAGAAAGCAGGAGUUUUUGUACAGCCUUAGAGUAGAAAAAGUAAAAAAGAACAAAAUAUAUUUGAAUUAGGUGUAUCCAUGAAUACCCACAAAAAAGAAAAGAGAAAUGACAUGGAAUUCAGAGGUGAACCACUUUUGGAUAGAGUGCGGUACAGGUGCAAUGGAAUGGUUGAGGCAGGGUUGGGUGGAUUAGGAUGGUAGGAAGAAAGAAGACAAUUUUGAAAAGCAGAGCCUUGACGUUGAGGUGGGAGGGAGGGAGUCUUUUGCUUUUCUGUUUUUGUCUUUUUAAACUUUUCAUAAUAUUACAAGAAGAAUAAUCCUUGUAGAGAAAUUGGAUGGUGAUGGAGACUUCAAGCUGCUAUUUACAUUUUUACAUAAUAUAGGGGAAUAUUCCUUGCUUUUUUGUUUACAAUAAGAAUCAGAUUAUAGAGUUAAUGUUUAUUUUUCACACUUUUUUUCGUAAUAAUUUCAAGAUGGUUUUAGUGUGUUCCUUUGCAAA